AUGGCCGUAAUCAAUCAAACAGACUGUUUUAAUUUCAACAUAAAGUUUUGGAAAUUUUUGGGCAUCUGGCCGUCGACAAGCUUUGGUCAUUACUACAAGUACUAUUCUAGAGUGUUCGUGAUGACCUUUCAAAUAUUCUACAAUUUGCUUUUUUCGCUAAAUUUUUAUUACUUGCCGCGGCAGUUGGAUAUCUUUAUUGAAGAGACGAUAUUUUAUUUUACCGAAAUCGCAGUUAUGUCGAAAGUUUUGACCUUUUUCUUUAUGCAUGAUAAAAUUGUCGAGAUUUUUAUAAAGCUGCAGAGUGAUAUUUUUCAACCAACGAAUGAGUACGGGGUCAAAGUUAUAGAGAAUGCUGUGAAAUUCAACGUAAGAUACAGGAAAAUUUUAGCUGUCGUAUGUUUUAUAUCUAGUGUGGCACUUUUGCUGACGCCAAUCAUAGCGCAUCUGUUAAUGUCAGUGGAGUUAGUUUUACCAGUGUGUAGUUACUCGUUCUUGUCGGAAGAGAUAAAGAAAAAUUUUAUAUAUCCUAUUUAUUGUUAUCAGUGCUUUGGGAUGUUUUUCCAUAUGUUGUACAAUAUGAACAUAGAUAUAUUUUUCUUGGGGGUUCUAAUUUUUACAAUAGCGCAGUUGGAUAUUCUUGCGGAAAAAUUCCGUAAUAUAACUGAUGGACACCGAUUUGAAGAAACAGAUGAAAGAAAUGGAAAUUGUAGGCAUAUUGGCAAUGAUGACAAAGAGUUAAUUUCGAGAUUAAACAAAGCGAUUGUUCACUAUGAUGAAGUAAGCAAGUUCUGCGAAUUGAUUCAAGACACAUUUAGUGUUACUCUAUUUAUUCAAUUCAGCAUGGCUUCGUGUAUUAUUUGCAUCUGUGCAUUUAGAUUUAUCUUGCCUGGGUCAGUACAAUACUAUAUCUUUCUGGUAACUUAUACGAGUGUUAGGAUUAUCCAAAUCAUGGUGCCUUGCUGGUUCGGAAAUCGUAUUAUGGACAAGAGCUACGAGCUUUGCCAUGCAUUAUAUUGUUGCAAAUGGACGUCGAAAUCCCGAAUAUUCAAAAGCAGCGUACGAAUUUUCAUGGUAAGAGCCUGUAGACCACUGACUAUAACGGGAGGGAAAAUGUUUUCACUGUCGUUGAUAACUUUUACUUCCAUAUUACAAACCGCGUACUCUUUUUUCACUCUACUUUGUCACAUGCGGAAUCGUCUGUAA